AUGGCGAAUUCUGCAUCUGGAGAUUGCGUUGAUUUUGAUCGUGAUUGUGAGCGUGUGUUUUCUUCUGGAGUUUGUUUGGUUGAUUUGUUGGUUCAACAAUUGGAAAAAAAGGAUGAUAUUGUUUAUUUAGAAGCAGAAAAGUCUGAACUAAAGGAUAAAGAAUUUAAAUCUGAAGAUGAAGCUUUUGAAGCGUAUAAUGAUUUUAGGAAAGGUUUUGGAAUUCGAAUUGGGAAGAGUAAGAGAAGAAGAGAUGAUUCUUUUUUUAUGAAAAGAUUUGUUUGUUGUAAUGAGGGAUUCAAAGAUAAUAAGUGUAAGAAUAAAAGGAUUUAUGAGAAUUUGGAUAAUCGAACUGGUUGUUUAGCUUUUGUGCAGUUUCAUAUUGAUCAUUUAGGGGUCUAUACAUGUACAAGACAUAAAAUGGUUCAUAAUCAUGCUAUGAUUCCUCCUGAAAAAAGGCAUUUGAUAAGGUCUCAAAGGAAUGUGAAUAAAGAGCAACUUCUUUUCAUUUCAACAAUGAAAUUGAGCGGAGUCAAAGUUACUGAUUCUUUGAGGGUUGUAAAGAAGGAGGUUAGUGGAUCUCCUAAUCUUUCUUUUACUGCUUCUGAUGCGUAUAAUGCAUUGUCAUCUGAAAAAGCUGCCCAAAUUGAAGGAUGUGAUAGUAACCAAUUGAUUAAAUAUUUUGCCAAGAGACAUGUGGAUGAGGCAGAUUUUUAUUAUGAUUUUGAACAAGAUGAUAGUGGUGCUUUAGUUAGUUUUUUUUGGCGUGAUGGUAGGAUGAUGAGAGAUUAUCAUUAA